UUAAAUAAUUUAGAUAUUUUAGAUUCUCAAAGCCCGACGGAAAAAUUCCUUGAGAAAGAAUGGAUAAAUCCAGAAAAAGAUAUUUCUUUAUAUCAAAGAAAACAAAGAGCAAAUGCAGUGAUUGUUGUAUUAGUUAGAAAUUCCGAGUUACAUGAUCUUAGAUCUUCGAUGAGACAAUUAGAAGACAGAUGGAAUAAAAAGUUUAACUACCCAUAUGUUUUCUUAAAUGACGAAGAAUUCACGGAAGAAUUUAAAACCAAGACAUCAGUGUUGACUAAAGCAAAAACAAUGUAUGGUUUAAUACCGAAAGAAAUGUGGAGUUAUCCUGAUUGGAUUAAUCAAACACAUGCGGCAGAAGAAAGAAAGAAAAUGCAAGAUGCAGAUGUUAUAUACGGUGGAUCCGAAUCUUAUAGACAUAUGUGUAGAUUUAAUUCAGGAUUUUUCUUUUUACAUCCACUUCUAUUGCAAUUUGAUUAUUAUUGGAGAUUAGAACCUCAAGUACAAUUUAUGUGUGAUAUUGAUUAUGAUCCAUUUUUAUUCAUGCAAAAAAAUAAGUUGAUUUAUGGAUUUACCAUUUCAUUAUAUGAAUUUCAAUCAACAAUUCCUACUCUUUGGAAAACUGUUAAAAAUUUUAUAAAAGAAUAUCCUCAAUUUAUUCCUAAAGAUAAUAUUAUGAAUUUCAUAUCGGAUGAUGGAGGAAAUGAAUUUAAUCUUAAUUUUGAAAUUGCAGAUUUAAAUUUUUGGAGAAAUACACCUUACCGAGAAUUUUUUAAUUAUCUUGAUAAAUCUGGUGGAUUUUUCUAUGAGAGAUGGGGAGAUGCGCCAGUACAUUCUAUAGCGGUAGCUUUAUUUAAUCCAAAAUCGAAAGUUCAUUUUUUUAAUGAUAUAGCAUAUAGGCAUGAACCAUAUUUACAUUGUCCAAUACAACCAGAAAGUCACGAAAGUGCACAAUAUGGAAAACCAUCAUUAUUAGAAGCAUUUAAUACAUUAGGUAAAUUAGAAACAGGAAAAAAUACUAAUAAUGAUGAUGAAAAAUAUAAAGUAACAAAUAAUUUAGGAUUUACGGGAAAAUAUCAAUUUGGAGAAGCAAUAUUAAUAGAUCUGGGAUAUUAUCAACCAAAAGAUAAUAUUUUUUAUAAUAAUGGUAGUGAUAAAAAUAAUUGGUUAGGAACAUUUACAGGAAAAAAUGGAUUAAAAAAUAUUACAAUGGCAGGUUUAUUAGCUGCUGCUCAUUUAGUUGGAGCCAUUAAUGUUAAAAAUGCUUUAUUAGGUGGAAUAGCUCCAUGUGAUGAAAAGAAGACAAGUAUGACAACUUAUUUAGAAGAUUUUGAUGGAUGUGAUUUUAGUGAAUAUGAUGUUAAUGAAGCUGUCACUAAUAAUAAUAACAACAAAUGA